UUUGAGUGUUCCUCUGAAAAAUCUCAAUUUAAGGGGUCCUUCUACUUAAAUGUUCUAAAAUCUAAAAGAAAUGCUUUUAUUUAUUUUAUUUUUAUUAAAAAUAAGAUUUAUUUUACUUGUAAAUCUAAAAACAGCCCACAUAACAGUGAGCACAGUAAAAAAGUAUUAAAUGGUAACGUUGUAUAUAAAUAAAUAAGAAUAUAAAUCCUGUGUAAAGUAGAAGUAUGGUGUGUUUCCUCCCCCUUCAUCCCUUUUUCUUUUCAUCCUUAUUUCUUUCACAGAGAUAAUCCCUAAUCUCUCCUAAUCUCCAGUCCUCUCUUCAGUACUGCUACACCCAGCCACUGCACUCUGAUCAUCAGCCUGGAUACAGCACUAAAAUACAGCUAAUAAACAAAACUCAUGAGAGCUGGAUACAGACGAGAGUCAACAAAAUAUGAGAAUGGAUCUGAGAACAGAUCUUAAAUCACAACUACGAGAUCCAAACCGUAGUAGUAAAGCAGCCCUGCUGCAGAGCCGCUGGCAGGAGGUGAGUGAGAGGGAGCGCAGGGCGCGGCUCCAUAACCAGAAGCUGCUGCAGGACUUCCAGAGAGCGCAGGACACCCUCACUGACCUGGUGGCUCGAACUGAAGCCAUGAACACCAUACGGGUGGAGUAUGAGCGGUACCUGGAGCAGAACUUCCCUCGAUGGCAGCAGAAGCUGAAAGAUAAGAGGCUGUUAGAACAGCGUAAGAGGAUAGAAGAGCAUCUAAAAGCAUGCAUACAGCAGAUGGAGGAAGAUCAAAGGAUAAAUGGGGGAAAGACAUCCUCCAUAGGAUCCCAUUCUGCCUCAUCCAUUUCAUCUGACCCGUCUCAUCCUCCCAUCUCUCAUUCCAUCCCACUGAGCAGAGAGAGUAAGGAGAAGAGAGGAGAAGUUCAUGCCCGGAAGCCUAGGAGCACAAUGUCCAAACAAGAUAACAAGCAGAACCUUCAAGGGAUCGUCCCAAACGACUCCCAGCCUCUCUACGCACCCUUCACAUGGCCUUCAGAGGCCGAACCCCAGCAGAGCAACAUCUCAAAGCAGAGCAAAACCUUCCAGAGCAUUCACCAAGCUUUAAAUUCACCUGUACCUUUACCUGCUGACCCACGGUAUGAUCCAUACCCUGUAGUCCAGCAGGAACAGCCUUCCAGUGGCCAUUUCCCACAGUAUCUAAAACCCUGGGCAGGAGGGGUUCAGUCUGCCCCUGCUGGAGCUCCAUGGAUGGGUGUUCCUGUAAACCCGCUGGUGUGGAAGAUACUGAGGAUGUCUGAAGCUGGUGCUGAGGAGCUGAUGUAUGGUGAGCAGUCAGACAGAGAAAAAUGGAGAAAAGACUCAAACUCUGAGCUUCAGAAACAUCAGGACCAGAGGAGAAGGAGGAAGGAGAAAGGCAGCGACCGCUCCUCUGAACUCGACACAAAAUCAGCUUGUCUUUCAGAUGGCCAUGGAGACAGCAUUGAAAGUAGUGCACUGUCCACUGUGAGAAAUCAAAGGAGAAGAGAAAGUCAGACACACCGUUUAUCAUCAGAAGAGAAAGGUGGUGUCUCUAUGGGGUCCUCGUCCAGGUCAGACCACCACCCUGAUACCAGCAAUGAGAAAAACGAGAUCAGUAAGAGCUCAACUGUGACGACAGCAUCCAAUACUCAGGUGAAGAGCACAGCUGGAGUAGGGUCCAGCAGUGAAUGUGUUAAUCAGUCCUCAGAAGAUGCAAAAGUCGUACGUUCUUCUGUAAUGGAGAAAAUGACUAAGCAAAGAAGACGAGAAACAGAGAUAGACCGAUCAUCUUCAGAAGAGAAAGGUGGUGUCUCAGGGAGGUCCUCAUCCAGGUCAAAUCACCACUGUAACACCAGCAAUGACAAAAACAAGAUCAGUCAGAGCUCAACUGUAACGACAUCCAGAGCAUCCAAUACUCAGGUGAAGAGCACAGCUGGAGUAGGGUCCACUAAACAUCUGGAUAAAGAGAGGGAACAGGAGGAUAACUGUAAGGAGGACAGGAUUACAGACAGUCCCACUGCAGUGGAGAAGAAGAACAAGAAGAAGCAGAAGACAAAGAAGAGAAUAAAGAAGAAUGAAGAUGAUUUAGAGGAGGAGAAGCAUCUCACAGAUCAGGAAGAACGAGUGAGUGAAGAUGGGGAGCAGAGAAGAGAAGAAAAGAAAGAGGAGGAGGAUGAUGUGGGUGAUGAAGAACAGAAUGAAGAGGUAAAGAGUGAGAGAUUAUGUAAUAAGAGGAGAAAAGGUGGAGAAAAGUCUGAAGGAGCAUCUCUUGUAGAGAUGGAGGUGGAGGAGGAAGAGGAUGAUGAUGAGAAGGAUAAAGGUGAAGAUGAAGAAGAUGAGAAUGGAGGAGAUAAAGAAGAGGAGGAUGAUGAUGUUGAUGAUGGAGAUGGAGAACUAAUAGAAAAAAGUGAAGGAGAGGAAGAUGAUGAUCAGGAGGAUGGAGAAGAUGAUGAUGGUGAUGAUGGAGAUGAAGAUGGACCAGAGGAGAUAAGUGUAAAGGUUAAAGCACCAAGAAGUAGACAGAUCAAAAGAGGUGAUGAGUCAGAUGAAAGAGGAAAUGACAGUGAAGAUGCUGCAUCAGAUUCAAAAGUGAACAUCAAUGACAGUCUUAAAGAUUUGUAUAAAGACGAGGAGACAGAAGAUGAAGAGCUGUACGAUCAAGAGAUAGAAGAUGAUAUUGAGGAUGGUGAUGAUGAUGAUGAUGAUGAUGAUGAGGAUGAUGAUGUGGUGGUUGAGAAAGCGUACCCGUGGUCACGUGGUCCAGCCUACAAUCACACUAAAUAUCAGGACGAUGAGGAUGAAGAUGAUGUUGAAGGUCUUCUCGCUCCACAAAUCAACAUUGAGGAACAUGAUUCUGAUGAAGAAAAGGAAACACUCAAUUCAAAAGAUUCGCAGAGUAAUUCAGAAGAGGACCGUUCACACAGGAAACCAGUUUCAGCUCCAGUUAAGGACAAGCCUAAGGAUGAGCCAGCGGAUUCUGAUGAUGAGUUUGACCAUUUUUAUGAUUAGGUUGGACUUUUAUGAUGUCCAUCGUCAUUUGUAUGAUGUCCACUGGAGAUGCUUACAGUACUGGAUCUGUUACCUGGUGCUGAGCAGCAACAUCAGCAGCAGGACAAUAAAGAAAACUAAUAUUAAACAUAA